UGGAAUUUGACACUUUGUAAAAUGGCUGACAACUAAACCCUAAACUCUAUCCAAUUUUCUUUGUUUUCAUUAUAUUUUUUUGUUUUUGUGAAUUUAAAUUAGUCAUAUGGAGUUAUUAUUUCAUAUUUAUUGGAUGUGUAGUAGUUCGAAGUGAAAUAUGUAAUCACGGUGCCUUUAAAAAAGCGAUAAAGUGAAGAAGUGCCCUCAAAAUCACCAUUUAGAAUGAGAUAGAUUGACUUGACACUAAAAUCUGUCAUUCCAAAGACUGUAGCAGAUUCUGAUAUAUUUUUGCAUAUUGAAAAGUAAAAAUUUGAAAUAAAUUGAACCCAUUCUAAAGUCGAUGUAAAAGAGUUACAAGCCUCGCGUGAGGCCCAGUAUGGGCCAACAGCCUCGUUCCGAAAUCAUCAUGAAUCCAAGCACGCCAGCCCGGUCUCCGGGCUAUCACCAAAAAGCAAUGGAAGAAAUCCAGAAUUCAUUGAGACCAUUCGCCAAAAGCAGCAAUGAGGCUAUGAGUUCCAGCGCCGCUAGCACUAUUUCAAAUUUCUCCGCGACUAGUGGAGUCAGCUCUCUAAGUUCUACUUCUGGUGGAGGAGGAAGUAAUGUCAAUGAUAAAGAUAUCAUUCAAUUAAGGCAGUUGGGGUACCCAGAGGAAUCUGUAAUUCGUGCCCUACAAAUGGCCAACGGUCGUAUGGACAUCGCUCUAGACUACCUUAAUAAGCAAUCUCUCGACUCAUCUGCACUAAAAACUUCUGCGGGUUACACCAAGUUAAUCCGAAAACCAAGUAUUGAACGCGAACUGGUCCUUCCAAGAGGCAGUCCUGCUCUGGAUAGUGGGGCGGGCAGUUCCCGAUCUGAUAGUCCUCGACUCAUAACAGAUUUACAUAAUCGCUAUUCCCCUAGUUUUAAUGAACCGCCUCCACCUCCGCCGCCUAGAAAUACUCCCCCUCCACCCCCUCCGCACGUUGUGGGUGGAUCAGGUGGGUACCAACCGCCAGUACCUAAUACUGUUCAGCAAAGGAUUAAGAGGAUGUCGCCAGCACCGGUACCUGCUAGGACUCCUGCUGGUCAAGGAUAUAGUUCACCGGCUUUGCAACAGAGAGGCACUAGUCCAGUAAGCAGCGUUUCCACAACGUCCGGCCGUCAGCCAAUGGUGGUUCAAAACGGGCCACAAGUCCAACAGCAACUGACGCAGCAAAUGCAGGCGUUAAACCUCUACCAGAGCAGUACAGCAUCUACUUCUGAACCCCCACCUCCAUACCCUCUCAUGUCAGGGGGUUCAGCCAACGGACCCCCGCCUCCUCCUUCUUAUUCCUCCUCGAUACAAAAUAGGCAGAGUCCAACUCAGGAUUUCAGAAAAAGUCCUUCUUCUGGGAUUUAUUCUGGAUCUACUUCAGCAGGUUCGCCUAGUCCAAUACCGGUGUCGACCAGUUCCUCAUCUACAAAUAUGACACGGCCGACACCUCUGCAAGCUUGGGGUGCCCGCCAAACAAUUUCACAACCUCCCAUAAUAAUGCAGUCCGUCAAAAGUACUCAGGUACAGAAGCCAGUUCUUCAAACGGCUAUAGCACCGACAUCACCACAACUACCAUCCCCAACGAGUACCACUCCACCCGCCACAUCAGCUCCACCGCCCUCUUAUACGGUUUCUAUUCAACAAAAAGGAUAUUCCAAUGGUAAUAAACCGGCGGCUCCCUUACCGGCUCCAAGUCCUUCUAACAACGCUUCACCAGUUAUUGUGCCUACUACAGAACCUCCAAGUUAUGCGAGUACUAUGCAAGCAAAGGCAAAAGCUCAAAGAGGUUUGGGCUCACAUCCUCCUCUACCACCUCCACCUUAUACAGAUGACAGUCAUAUGCAGGUUUAUACAGUUGACAGUUCCAUGUCACCUAGAGCUAGCCCUCAUGUUCAUCCAUCUCUGACAAGAAAAUACUCUCCUGUAGUAAAUAAUGAAUGCAGAUCGGAUAGUCCACAGUCUACUAGUAGUGGUGACAGUAGGAAUCAGUAUUCGGAUAGUGGAGCACCACCCUUACCUCCUACAGCCUCUUCUUCUGUGAAAAACAACGCUAAUCACAACCACAUAGUAAACGGAAAUAGUGAUAACAAAACCAACGAUAUGCCUCCUCAACUGCCACCUUACACCAAAAUAAAACACCAAUCACCUAUACCGGAACGCAAGAAAAUUAGCAAAGAAAAAGAAGAGGAAAGGAGAGAUGGAAAGGUGAAAAAUUACUCACCUCAAGCAUUUAAAUUUUUUAUGGAACAGCAUAUCGAGAAUGUUAUGAAAUCAUACAAGCAACGAUUAUUUAGGCGCAUGCAAUUAGAGAAAGAAAUGAAUAAGAUAGGUCUUAGCUCUGAAGCUCAAACGCAAAUGAGGAAAAUGUUGUCACAGAAGGAAUCUAAUUACAUUAGGUUAAAACGAGCCAAAAUGGAUAAAAGCAUGUUCGUUAGGAUUAAACCAAUAGGAGUAGGUGCUUUUGGAGAAGUAACUUUAGUGAGAAAAAUUGACACGAACCAUCUCUAUGCCAUGAAAACUUUAAGAAAAUCAGAAGUUCUGAAAAGGAAUCAAGUUGCUCAUGUUAAAGCGGAACGGGAUAUUUUAGCUGAGGCUGAUAAUGAAUGGGUAGUCAAGUUGUAUUAUUCCUUUCAAGAUUCAGAUAUAUUGUAUUUUGUUAUGGAUUACAUACCUGGUGGCGACUUAAUGUCGUUGCUUAUCAAAUUAGGAAUUUUUGAGGAAGUAUUAGCAAGGUUUUACAUAGCAGAAUUAACAUGUGCCGUUGAAAGCGUCCAUAAAAUGGGAUUUAUCCAUAGAGACAUAAAACCUGACAAUAUUCUUAUAGACAAAGACGGGCACAUCAAAUUAACUGAUUUUGGUUUAUGUACCGGUUUUAGAUGGACUCAUAAUUCAAAAUAUUAUCAACAAAAUGGAAAUCACAGUAGACAAGACUCUAUGGACCCCAUAGAUGAUUGGAAUGAAGAAUGUAAUUGCAAACCCCUAGAAAGGCGAAGGAGGAGAGAGCAUAGGUGUUUAGCACAUUCCCUAGUCGGAACACCGAAUUAUAUAGCUCCCGAAGUAUUGCAGCGAACGGGAUACACCCAUGUUUGUGAUUGGUGGAGCGUCGGUGUCAUUUUAUAUGAAAUGUUGGUUGGGCAGCCACCAUUUUUAGCUAACACACCUGCCGAAACACAGUAUAAGGUCAUUAAUUGGGAAACGACUCUCCAAAUUCCGAAACAAGCCAACCUAUCUCAAGAAAGUAGGGACUUAAUAUUAAAAUUGUGUUGUAGUGCUGACAAGCGCCUCGGCAAAAAUGCUAGUGAAGUGAAAUCUCACCCCUUUUUUAAAGACAUUGAUUUCGAAAAGGGCCUCAGACGACAGCCCGCCCCUCACAAGCCCCGCAUAGAUUACCCCACAGAUACGUCAAACUUCGAUCCCAUCGAUCCCGACAAGCUGCACAAUUCAAACUCGAUAGAUUCAAGCAACUCGGACGAAUUGGUUGACAAUUCAAAUCUCUUUCACGGCUUCUUCGAAUUCACGUUCAGGCGAUUCUUCGAUGAUGGCGGUCUUACUGCCUUCAACAAGAUUAGCUUCGAUGAUAAAGAUAAUCAAGGCGGGCCCGUAUACGUGUGACAGUUGGUAACCGGAAGGGGUGGAACCCCGUUUUUUUUGAGUCUAUUGAGGUUUUCGAAGUAGGGCGGAGGCUUUAACGUACCACUGCUGCCUGCUCCCUCUCUUGCCAAAAGUCGUCGCCGUUUCGUUAUUCGUUAUAUAACUAUUAUUUGAACGGAGAAAAGGUUUUUCCCUUUGAUAGAAGGUAAGUGUUUUUUGUGUUUUUAAUUUUUUUUAUUUGGUAUAAUUUCGCAAAGGUGUGAGUAAGGUUCUCAAUGCAGAAUGCAUAAUAAAUAUGAAAAAUGUUUCAGUAAACAAGUAUUUUCUAAUCAUUUUUAUUUAAAUUAUCAUCUAGAUAUUGUAUACAAAAAUUAAACUGUGGUUGGUCAAAACUUGCACCAAGAAGGUUCUAUAUUUCUCGAAGCUUGUCAAUUGACUAUAAAAAUAGAAAAUGAUUAAACUGAAAUAAUUUAAAAAAUUAUGAAACAACUACAAAGAUAAACUACUGGUUAUAGUUUUUUAUUCUAUAGCUAAAAAGUCGAGCAAUAAGGUAUAUUUUUUUUAGGGAAUGAAUAAUUAUAAAAUAAUUGUAGCCUGACGAGUGUAUUCUGCAUUUUUUAGAAGACAUACCAAAUUUAUGUCGAGUGCAGUAAAGUGUUUCAACAUUCAAAAAAAAAAUUGCUAAAUUAAUCAGGAUACGUUAUCUGCUAGAUUCGCUAGUAUAUUUGCGACGAAAAAAUGUCGGUUCAUUUUUAACCUGUCCGAAGUACAAUCGUGCAAAUCACAGCUUAUUUUAACUUUUAUCAAGUGAAAAAUACAACUAACUGGAGCUUAAUUUUCAACUUUACAUCAUUUACUAUUUUAAUUUAUCUUAAAUAUAAAUACUGCAGCUAAAUAAAAUCGUUCAUAAGUUGGGGAAGAAGGAACCAAUCCAUUUUAGCGUGAGAACAUUCUGUGCACGAAAAAUUUGCUGUGACAAAUUCGUGCUGAGAUAAAUACAUGAGAGACAAAUUUUUUAAAAUUUUCUUGACAGCCAUUUAGCAGUGACUUAAUUGAUGUUUCGAAUAUAUUUAGGUCUUAGACGUAGUAGUUUUUGUAUAAAGGAAUCUCAAAAUAUUAGAAAACCACAGCAAUAAAAAUAAUUUGUAUGUGAUUGGUUUACACUGCUUUUGAUCGUUGUCAUUUUUUAUAAACUUAAUAAACUAGUCUUAUUGUUGAAAAUUAAACUUCAGUUAUACUUUCAUUUCUGAUAGGUAAAAAAUGAGUUGUAAUUUUUUGCGGUGUAGUAUUCCAGUGUUGUUGCCAGAGUCAAACAGUGAUAAUCCCCAUUGAAAAUUACAGAAUACCCUAUUUUACCUGCAGUCACCAAUAAAUUUCAAUAGUGACUAAUCAAGUGAUGAAAAUGUUUCAAAAUACUACUUUGCAAAGCAAUAGGUCUGUUCCAACAACGAUCCGAAACUAGUCAAUUGACACCAGGAUUCUGCGCAGUAGAUUAUUUAGACUGGCCAAUUCGUACAACGAAUAAUCCUAGUGUCAAUGACUGGUUUCUGAUCGUUGUUAGAACAGACCUAAUAGUGCAUUCUACUAAUUGGAAGUCAUGGUAAGGCAAGCAAAAGCGAUACUAGCCCAUGCUGUGGAUAAUUCGAGCAAUUUAGGGCCAUAUUUUUGGUAAUUUUGGUGUAUCAAAUACACAUAAUACAUUUUACAUAAUUAAAAAUAGGUAAAAACAAUACAAAACUAACAAAAAAAUGCAGUGAAAAUUAUAUAAAUUUUCAGUAGCAAAAUGGAAAUUAAAUCAAAGAAAUAAAUGGAUGGCUAUACAAUAUGAAGAAAAAAGUAUUUUUACUUUUGUAACAAUACCAGUAUAUGGAAGCCUUGUUGCAAGUCGCUGCACAUUUUCUAACCUAUUUUGAUCCGAGAUUAAUACGGGACACCAAACAGGACCACAGUACUCCAGGCGAGGACGAACAUAUGUUGCGUAUAUUUUCAAAAACGUUGAGGGAGAAACAUUGCCAAAAGUCUUUUUUAAUAAGAAUAGUUGAGAGUUUGAUUGUUUGCAUACUGAUAAUAUAUGCUCUGACCACGUUAAGUCUUUAGUAAUGAUAACGCCGAGAUCAUUUUGGGACGAUACUGUCUUUAAGGCAUUAUUAUUAAUAUUAUACAUUAAUUUAGGAUUGUUUUUACCGAUAUGAAGAACAACACAUUUAUCAACGUUUAGCGGUAAUAACCAGUCUGAACUCCACUUUGAUACCGCACUUAGAUCAGAUUGAAGAGACUGAUUGGAUUAGCGUAGCUUUUUGUAUCGUCUGCAUAGAAGGAGCAACAGCUUCUUAUGUGCACAGAAAUAUCGGCAGUUUAUAAUAGAAAAAGUAGGGGACCAAGGACUGAUCCUAGAGGCACUCCACUGACAACGGAUUUGGUUUGAGAGAAACUAUUACCAACUCUUACGCGAAAUUGUCUGGAGGUUAAGAAAUCCGUUACCCAAGCUAUUAAGUUGCCUCGGAUUCCUAGGUGUUCAAUCUUUUUGAGAAGUCGGUGCUUUGGAACUCUAUCAAAGGCUUUAGAAAAAUCCAAAUAUACAACAUCUGUAGGAAGACCAGCAUCUAAGGCUUUUGUCCAGUCAUUGACAGACAUGUUGUUGGGUGGGAAGUACCCGUUCGUUUUCAAGAAAGUCAGUAACCUUAUCACAUAUUAUGGACUCCAUUACUUUACAAACUAUUGGUACAAGGCUUAUCGGUCUAUAGUUAUUUGGGUCAAGCUUAUUGCCCUUUUUGAAUAUGGCAGUCACUGACGCAGUCUUCCAUAUAGAUGGCAAGAUGUGAGAAUUAAAGGAGGAAGUCAUUAUACGGGAAAUGGGAUAACAGAGAGUGUCAGCACAAGAUUUUAAAAGAAAAGAGGAGAUACCAUCUAAGCCUGGCGAAGAGUUGGACUUAAACUUAAAAAAGUUUGUUUUUUAUUAUGUCUGAGUCAAACGAUACGUUGGAAAUAUACGCCUGUAUUCUGUUCAGUGAAAUAUCCGGAAGUGGUGAUGUCAUAUCUUCAAGGGUGAAGACAUUACAGGUGUCAGAAAGGAGUUGAGCAGAUUCAGUAUUGUUGGCACACUUAUCUCCGUUUUCUUUUUGUAGAAGAGGUACGGAUACUUUGGAUGUCAGAUUUGUUCUAACAUAUUUAUAGAACUUUUUGAUAUCAGCACAGUUGGCGAUGUACUCCUGAUAGUUAUACUUUGCUUCGAUAACUGUGGCCUUUAGUUGAUUGGAGAAUAGUCGAUGAGCAGAGAAAUCGUUCAUAUUGUUGGUUCGCUUAAAUUUUUUCCAUAGGUGUUUCUUAUGUUUUACCAUAGACAGCAGUUGAUUAUUUAACCAGUGUUUGAGAUUUGUUCUUCUGUUUAUUUUGUUUUUAGUAUGAGAUUUUACACAAUCAACUGUAUUUUGAAAGAUAUUCCAAAUGCAGCUCGGAUCAUUGUUUUCAGGGAUAAUAUUAAUCCAGUCUAGUUGGUCUAGAUAGGAAAAAACUUCAGCAAAGUUUGUGAGUGAGAAGAUCGUGUGAUUGGAUGUGCAAGAAGAGAAUGAUUGAAAUUGUAAACGGCACAUUAUGACUGCAUGAUCAGAUAUUCCAACUGGUGGAAGAUACACCAGUGGAGUUAAGAGUUGUUCAUCAUUGGUAAGUAAUAGAUCGAGUGUAGAAGGUUCCUGAUUUAUUCUAAAUCUCGUGGGUUGGGUUAUUAGUUGAACAAAACUAGAAUUGUGGAUAAAUUCCAUGAACUGACUGGUAACAUUUUGCGUGUCAGGUAUAGAAGUAAUUGGCCAUUUAAUAUCUGGAAAAUUAAAAUCACCUACUACUAUAUGAAAGAAAGUGAAGUUAGACCACUAUUAUUCUGUGCCUCAUAUGUCGCAAGCAAGAAAUAGUAGCCUUUGCUGAAGUGUUACUUCAUUCCUAAGGAAAAUCAUUAUAAAAAAUAGUACAUGUAGCUAUUUUGUUCUAAUAAGCUCACUUUAUCUUAUCAAUAAAUAUACCUCACAUUAAUUGAGAGUUCAGGCGUUUGUUCUGCUUUAUUAACACUUUUGGUACCCAUGACGUUCAUUAACGUCAUGAUAGUUCUUUCCCCCAUUCCCAUGAAGUUUUGUAAAGUCAUUUGAAGAUGUAUGCUACUAUGAAUAUAGACAAGCCGCCAUGCAGUGAAUUGUCUUUAUAACCCCACUCUAAAACUGAAAUAAAAUACAGGGUGUUCCAUUUAGAAACUUAUUUUUACUUUCCAGGUAAAAGCGUAACACCCUGUAUAUUUUUUCAAAUCCACAUAACUUUUAUUCAAAACAUGUGUCCAUAAAACAAAUUGAAAUAUCAAGCAAUUAUGCACUAAUGGGAAAGCCUGUAUAGAACUAUGAUGAAGAGUUUACGUCUUUUUUCAUCCUUUCAGACUUCUUUUUAAACUCCUCUUGAUUGUUUUUGACUUUCCGCCUUGAAUGUAGGGAAGGCUGGACGUCCCUACAAGAUUUUGACAUGGUGGCUGCAGCUACAUUGGCUAAUAAUUAGCCAAUGGUGGUACAAUUAUUGUACCACUAUUGUACCCUACUUCUUUCGAUUUAUUAAUUCCUCAUUUAUUUCACUCCCUAGAUAGGCUCCCAAGAACUUAUAGUCUCGGGUCACCCAUUCAUUAAGUGCUUGACUACCUUGAUCGAUAAAUGAAUUUAUAAGUACACCAUCAGUCAGCGGCCCGGUAAUAUACUUCUUUGACAUCCUGUAGAGGUCUAUAUUUUUUCUCUUUUUGUGUUAACUUCUAUCCGUAUUUAUAAUCACCCUAUUAUAAUAGUUAUUCCCCAGAAUAAAUUUUUAGAUUUUCAUUGUGUAUGGCCCAUGACGUUAAUGAACGUCCAAACUUCUAAAUGUUCGUAUACCGAUGGGCCAGAACGUGUAAUUAGCAUUAAAGCUUGGACAGCAAAAGUGUUAAAGUUGUUUUAGAGUUUUCACGGAAUUUUUACGAAGCACCAUGGUAAAUGAGAGACUAAACCCUUAGCUAUGAUAUCAAUAAAUAGAAAUUUAGUUCUGGAGAUAAAUAAUUUUGAUGAAAAAAGUCAUGGAAAAAUGUAUUUCAAUGAAGGAUCGUAGAGCAAAUUUCAAUUUCAGGAAGUCAUGCCAUAAACUUUCGUAUAAACAAAUAUUAAAAAUAUAGAUAUGUCAAUUUUCAUGAUUAAUUUUUUUUUUUUAGAAUACUUAUUUUUGUAAGAAUUUUACUGUAAGAAAUAUAUUUCAUUUUGUUUAUUGACUAAUGACAAGGCGCAGUGUAGUGUGGUAUUUUUUGUAUGUUAAUGAAAAAAUAAAGAAACAAUUUUUCAUAAUCCUCAACCUCAAGCCAAUUGGCGCCCCCACCUUCGUAGCUCACGAGCCGCCACUGGCAGAAAUGUUCGAAAGUUGGAAAUCCUCCUUGUUGACAAAAAUACAUUAGAGGACCUAGCGAAUUUUUUCUUGUAAUUGUGAUCAAUUUUAGCCACGUUUUCUUUUGUUUUUAAAAACCAUCACCGUGGUCGGGGGUGAUAUCUCAUAGAAUAGCCUAUUUCAUUUCAACUUUAUUAAAAAAAAAAAAUUUACAUAGUUUUUUUUUUGUCUACACAAAUUUUUUAUUAGUCUAGUCAGAGCAAGCCUACACACCAUCCAUUCAUAAAUAACAAUUCUCAUGCACUCCCAUCUUAUAUACAGAUUCUAGGACAUUUAGGGUGUAAAAUUUAUUAAUAAUAAAAUUAAAUUAUUAAACAUGCAUAGAAUAUAAAAUUUACAUAAGUAGAGACAUUACAUUACAGAUUACAAAAUUUUUAUUUCGCUGAAUUGAGAAAUUUAGCAGUCGAGUGAAAAGCAUUUUUAACCAGAUAUGUGAGCAAGACUGAUUUAAAUUUAUUUACAUUUUCAGUAGUACCAAAUAAACUAACCACCUGAUUAUAGCAUAAGAUUCCCGUUGCCUUUUCGUGUCCCGUAUGAGUGGAGACAGGGUAGUGUUAAAACUGCCAGUACAUAAUUAUUUAAAAAAUCAAGAUGACGGUACGCAAAACACGGAAGUCACAUACAUUUUAUAAUAUCUUCUAAAAAAUGCGGAAUACAAUCUCAUUCAACACCAUAGAGAUUUCAUAAUUAUAAGUUCAUUCGUUUAAAAAAAAGGUACCUUGUUGCCAGAAUUUUUAGCUACCCUGUAUAAAUAAAUAAUAAUAUUAUUAAUGGAAGUUGGGUAUCUAAAAAUUAAAUGAGUGUUAAAGAAAACUGGAUAUUGUUUAUUAACCUUAUUCACACUGGGCACUUUAUAUUAGAAUAAAAAAAAUAUGAAAAUCCAUUUGUGUGAAGUUUGUUAUUUAACCAAAGUCCAAUCUAGCUGCCUUAUUAUAUUUAAUGAAAUGCCUUUUUCAGCUCAAAUUAUCAUAGUUACUUAAGAUUUGUUAAAAAAAUGUUAAUUCCAAGGUGGAUUACUGCUAAAGUAAAAAAACAUUUAAAGAUUUCACAUUUGUUCUCGCUACGAUCAAUUUCAAUUCAUUUUUAAUCACCAUGUAUUCGUUAUAAUAAAAAAUUUUUUCAUGUAUUUAGUUUCCAACUGAAGUUGAUACACCAUAUUAAUUUUGAGACAUAUUUAGAAUGACCAUUUUAAACCAUAACAAAUAUAAAACAAAAUCUGAAUAAAAGAUGAAAAUGAUUCUAAAUAAGAACAUAAAAAAGAAUAAAAUACUAGAACUUAAAAUUUAAAAAAGUAAAUGAAUUAAAGGAUGUUUAUAAUGUGUCGCAUAGCAACAACUGAAUUCAAAAGGAUCCAAAUACAAUCUGCUGCUAAACAAUGGUCAAAUCUAUCAACGAUAUAUAGCACUAAUUUGAUGUUGUGUAAUGUUCACACAAUACUGGAAUAUUUUCAGCUUAAAUUCACCUUGAUUUUUGGCUUAUUCAAAUUCGUGUCGAUGUUGAGAGGAAUUCUCAAAAAAGAUGAUCUGCCUUAGAAUGAAAUGCUAAUUCUGAACAAGUAAUCUGUAUAUAUUGGUAAUAGACAUCUAAUGAUCAAAUAAAGGACGAAAUAUGACUAUUUUGAUUACCUUAAUUUUAUCUCUAAGACAAAUGCCAAAUAGAUAUGCUAAAUAUGCUAAGAUGUAAGUUACAAAAAUAUUUCACGCGUUUUUAGGAUAAUAAAAAUAUGCAAAUUCUUAUAACAAUAGCAGUAAUCAAUCUUGUAAUUAUUUAAAUAUUUUCUAAGAAGAACAGCUGAAUAUGUAUAUUCUAAAUAUUUAAAAAUUUAUAAAACAAUAAUGGUGCUACUUUUAUAAGUAACGUUAAAAAUGUGAUAUAAAAUAGCCCUACAAAAAAUAAAUCCUUUAUAAUUUUGGAGAAGUUAAAAUUGGAAUUUUCUAGUCAUUUUAACUAGAUAGGAAAUUUGAUAUAUAUUUGUAUGUAUAUUUUACGAAACUACAACCUAAAUGGGAUCUUUCUUAAGAGAUCGAACAUUUCUAAAAUAUUAUAUAGGACGAUAUUUUUUUGGGGUAUAAUUAUAAAUUAUUGCUAUUUGUGUAUAUGUAAAUAAUAUGAACAACGAAAGUGUGGGAGGAAUUAAUUGUGAGAUUAAUUUUUUGGAAUCCUUGCCGAAAAUGAUAAAAAUUGUUAAUCGUUAUUUAGUGAUGUUAGAAAAGGGGUGUAUUUCAUUUAAAAUUUUCUUUUUAAAAUACUAGGGAAUAUUUUAGAUGGGAUAUAUUGAACACGUUUUUAGUUGCAAUAAUUUCAAAAUAAUAAAAAUACAAAAUUGCUGCAUCUUUAUACGUUAUUCAUUUUUAAAACCGUACUAAAGGCUUUUUCGUCUUAUCAUAUUUCAUUAUUUUGUAUUUUUAUUAUUUAAUUUUAUCUACUACAUAAAAUUUUGCUAGCCUGUAUCAAAUAAAAAUCAGUAAAUUUAAAAAAAAAAUUAUAAAUUGCAUUUGCUCGAAGUGUGGUAUAUAGUAAGAAAUAAAAAUGUAAUAAUUUUAUAGUUUUUUUUUUAAGCAAUAAUCCCCAUGCAUGGGAUGUCAAAAAAAAUUCUCAUAAUACAUUUACAUUGUUAAAAUUUCAUUUUAAUAGUUUAUACAGGAUAGUAAUCUUUUUAAAACAUCAUUUAACUCUUUUAAGUCAAGAAUAUUAAUGAAAAAUCUAAAAAUAUAUUUCUAAUUUUGUACCAAAAAUGUUUUUAAAAAGUAACAAAUGAACAUAAUAAAAUUUAAACCUAAGGGUUAAAAGUUUAAGAAGGAAAAUAAGUCCAAGAGUUAAAAGUUUACCGACAUUUUAAAAAUGCAGAUUUUGGAAAUGCAAAAUUUGUCUUUUUAUCUGAAUUUAUUCAUAAUUUAUUUUAACUCUGCAAAUAAUGAAAAAUAAUAAGACUUUUCCCAAAUAUCCCAAUUAUCAAGCGAUAUUACCAGCUAAUCACGUUAUGUAACAACUUCAUCUUUGUAAAUCACCACAUAGUGAGGUGAUUUUUUACAGUUUGAAGUCUGCAUGAGUGUAUACAGGGUGUUUCCAAGGUAAUCUGAAAUAAUGUGGGCGAUUCGUCGUUCAAUUUUAAGAUGAAAAGCUCCUAUGAACAUGUGUCAUAGGUUUUGUCGUUUAUGAGAUAUAGGGUGUUUAUUUUUUUAUUAUUUUUAUAGAAGCAAUAAAUUGUGAUAAAUAUAAAAGUAGUAUUAAAGCUCAAAUAUAAGCAUCCCCUCGACGUUUAAUGGAUUGCCGAAUAUGUUCGAAGAGGCCAGGAUUGUUGCAAAUAACUUUACAGCCUUGUAUGGUGUGAUUUUUGAAAAUCUAGGAAACCAGUAGCGUCACUAAGGAAAAUUUAUGGUAACUUUCACUUACGUCAGGGCUCGUACAUAACAAAACAAUCAACACCCUGUAUCUCGUAAACGACAAAACAAAAAAAGACAAAUUUGAGGAUCAAAAAGUACCAACUUUAUUAUUUUAAUAGAAAAUUUAGACAAAAACUUAAAAAAACAUUUUUCUUAAUCUUGAUCUUCUUCAUUUUCAUCACCCAGUACAUUUGGCAGAAUGUUAAUGUCCUCUUCUUGCAUGGCAUGACCUAUUCGGUUAAUAUGUGACAAAUUUAGAUAAAGGUGGUGAUAAAUGGGUGGAACAUAUUGUAGCAUUUUUUAAGAUCCUGCAUUUUAGCAUGAGUUAUGGGUUUUGCGUUAUCUUUUACUUCUGUUGGUUUAAAUGAAUGUAAUGUUUCAAAAUUUGUUUUGGUAUUGCCUGAUUUGUUUAACUCAACACUAUCGUAAACAUCAGAGUAGUCGCUAUUAAGCAAAGUUUAAUAUCACCUUUCACAAAUCUGAUUUUACGCAUCUUUGAGAUUAGCACACGGUUUCCAUUAGUACUUUGGCCACCUUUACCCAAAGUCAUUAACAUUUCCCACCAUAUUAUUAACAUAUUAACAAUGAAUGGAUUUUUUUUCCUGCAAUUUUCCACCAGUAACAUCCAUUCCUCUGGAAUAUAAACAAAUUCCUUUCACUUCUGGGCUUUUGUAAUAUCUGAGAAGUCGAAGUCAUUUGGUAGAAAUGAAUGUCUACUUACAAGGAAACAAACGAUUAUUUCCGUUAUAGCUGGAUUAGAAUAAUUCACUACAUACAUCAUAAAAUGAAACGUAUUCCAAUUCCUAUUUUGCCCAGAGCAUGAAUCACUAAAAGUAUAAAGAGUGUUUGUGUUUGCGGGUAUAUUAUUUUUUAGUUAUCUGCGUCCCGAAAUUAAAAGUUUGAAGUUGUCUUAGAUAAUAAACUUCUCCAGUUUGUACCAGAAGGGUUGGAAGGGUACGUCGUAGGUCAAAAUUCAUCAAACAUGAUGUACUGCCAUCACUCAGAGAAAUUUGUUUGUAGCUAUUUAACAAAUCUCUAACUUUAGAAGCAAGAAGAUGGUAAUUGCCUUGCUCUUGUUUAAUCUGCAUAGUUUUUACGGCAUCCGUUUCGUUUUGAAUUUGAACACCAAAAAAUCACAUGCCUUACAUGUAUCUUUUUUAAAAAUGUAAAAAUGUAAUUGAUAUGUGCGAAAUAUGACCUCAUAGUAACUUUUUUUGGCUAGUUGUUUACCCAUGUCUAGGCAUUUUUCUCUAUAAAGUGAGUACAGUUUCUGCAAAUUUAACUCUGGUGCUAAAUAUUGGCGAGAAGAAGUACGAUCACCAUAAUGGCUCAUGUACCGAGGGAAACUCGUUGUGAAGUCAUUAAAGUCUUUCGUCUUUUAUUUUAUUGCCUGAUGUUCCUUUGCCUCUUUUAUCUUGUAGUGGCAUUAAAGUAUAUGAAUCUCUUUUUUGUUUAAAGCAUAAUCUAGCCUUUUGUUUGAUAUCUGAAGUACCUUUAGAAAAAAUGACUUGCAUUCUUGAGAGUCUUGAAGAAAAAAUAGUCGACAAUGCUGUUUAUGACUGGGUGUAUGGUAUGUUCUUUUUUUUGGUUGUUUUGGAGCUAUUAACUUUACAGUUGUACAAAUCCAGGCAGUCUGACCAUUCCAGUCUAAGUCAUAAAAUUGGGAAUGAAUUGUAUUUUGUUUUUUCGGAGGUACACUAUUACUGCAUUUUCUUUGGCAGUUGCAAAUAACCGGUGUAAACGUUUUCGCUGCAACAGGGUUUCCUCUAUAAUUGAUAUACUCUUCACCUCAAUUUCUUGUGGUCUUUAUGACAUUUCUUUUCUAUUUGCUUUCAUCGCGACGUUUUCGUUUUAAAAUUUCAUUUGUGUCAUAUUUUCUGCAAGGGCGUCCUCUCCUUCCACCUCAAUUUGAAUGUUUUCAUAAUUUUCGGAAGAACUAGAUUCCUCUUCGUCGGGAUGAUAAGAAUUGGCACUAUCAGCGUACUGAUCUGACUCUGAAAAUGAUGCAUUUUCUUGUUUGGCAGACUGAGUAGUAGGGCUAUUUACGAAUGUGGAGGUAUGCGCAGAAGAAUUUUCGGUAUUGGCACUGCAUUCAGGCUUUUGACCUGCAAAAAAAUGUGUGCCUUGUACCAUAAUCACAUUCGCUAAACAGGUUCAUACGAUAAGUAGAAAAUAGGUUUAUUAUUUUAACUGAUUGGAUGAAAAAUAUCGAAAAGCAUUAUUAUGAAUAUCGCAAAAAAUCCCAACAGUAAGGAAUAUGAAAAACAGAAGAUACCGUAUAAAUCGAUAUUUUUUGCCUAAGUAAAUUAACUACAUACUAUUCUUUUUGUCGCUAGAAGCAAAAGUGAUCCAUCUGACAUUUCACGCUCCAAUUUACACAAAAUAACCUCUAUUGUUUUUACCUCAAAAGCAUAAGUGAUCUAAAUAACACUUUUGUAUCCUAAUUUUAAGUUAUGAGCAAGAGCAGAACUGAUCUAUGUGUUAAAAAAUGUAAAUAAAACAUUACUAUGGUAUGAUGUCUUCUGUUUUUAAUAUCUUUUUUUACUUCUUCUGUCCACUUCUUACUGCAACUAUACAUAAAUCUACCUUAAUAUUAUGUUAUUUACUUUCAUUUUUCUUCUCUUUGAGCCUAUAUAUAAAAAUUAAAACAUACCUAUAUAACUCUGUAUCGUCAUUUUGUUGUUCAUUUCUGAGUUAAUCAUUUUCCAAUGCAGCUUGAACAAUUCUUUGACAACGAGAAAGCGACAUUAUUACCACUUAUUACUUUAAUUCCAAAAGGAACAGCUGAUCCGAAAGACAGUGACACUCUUGGCAAAUUGUGUGCGAAUUUGAACGCAUUCGCACAUAAUUAACCGGGUAUUAAAAAGAAUGCCUUCCAAAACACAUUAUUUAUGAAAAAAAAAUGGAUUCAAAAACUUAAUGGAUUUUUGUUUAAUAAAGAAAGUGUUGCGUAAUAUUAUGUAAUAAUUAAUUAAAACGGUCAAAGGAUCCAACUGACGCAAGUUUGACAGAUAUAUCAAAUAUGCACUAAAAAUUAUUUAUAUUAAAAGUAAUCCAAAUGACAUCAUGCAAGUGGAUCAAUUCUGCAAUGUCGAUAGUAUAGUAAUAAAAUUAUCUAUGUAGCAUUCUAUAAACUGGAUCAGUUCUGCAAAAAGAGUUUAGAUAAAAUAUAAAAAUGCAGAAGUGAAUUUUAUCCUUCUGCACUGGGUAAAAUACAAAUUUUAAAAUUUGAAAAUGGUGCUAUCUCAAUUUUAACAAAAAUAUUAUUUGGAUCACUUCUGUUUUAGUCUAGCCAUAUUUGCACCAGUAUAUCGCCAAUAAUUCACCUUUGGCACCAACAAGCAGCUCAUUGUGGCUUGCACAUUGACACUUGUAAAAAUCAAGACAAAUUUUUUUGUUGUUACUAAUUUGGCAUUCCAAAGUUUUAAAGGAAGUUGAGUUUACCUUAAAUGUAGGUUUAUGAUGAGAUGCAAGUAAAAUGUAUUGGUUAUCGAUGAAAAGGAAGUAAGAUCAAAUUGACUGUAAAAACUAUCGCAUUUUUAUAAUUUUGUUCAAAAUAUUUUCAUCAUAAUAAACUCAUCUUUUUAAAAUAAUUACCUCUAGUUUUAUUACAUGUUAUUUGUUACUUACUUCAUAAAAAAACGUAAUAUACUGAAUUUUAAAAUUAUACUGAUUUAACGUUCAUGACUUAAAAGACUUGUCUUUAAAAACUCAAAAAUCACAGGUGUGAGGAAAUUUUUGGAAAAAGAAUGUUGAUUGUACACACUGCCUCAUGCUAAUAAAAUAAGUAUUUGUAUUGAAACUAUGUUGAUUAUAAUUUCAAAAUAGUUAGAAAUUUUUAAUUUAUUUAAAAAAAAAGCUGUGUUACAAUAGGUACAGUGUCUACCAGAAAAUGUUGACUAAAUAGAACUGUUUUUGUUAAUAUUUUUUCAAAAAAAAACAGUUGGUGAAAAAUAAAUUAACAAAAUAAAAAUUAGUAACUUAUUAUGAGAUAUUUAAAUUAAAUUUUUCAAUUGUAAAGAGAAUAAAAAUGGAUAGUGACUAAUAUAUUUAUUUAAAUAUCAUUCAGAACUUUAUAAUAAAACUAUUAAAAAAUAAGCCUGCUUUGCGUGCCCUGUACUACAUUUUUCUGUACUUACUUCUUUUUCAUAUUCUGUAUACAGGAUUCAUUAUCACUAUUGCCUAAAAUGUAACCAUUUAACGAAAAACACUUGAUAAAAUGUGAUUCCUUGCUGAUAUAGAGGGUGUUUUAUGCAAGGUGUCCAAAAAAGUGGUAUACAAAUGGGAAAAAAGUUUAUCUUACACUUCACAAACACAAUUAUUCUUGAUAAAAAGCUCCACAUCACUUGACAAUCGAUAAUCAAGCACCAACUUUUAUAAAAAUAUAGCAGGUAUAUAGGGAAAAUAAAAAAGAGUAAAUUAUUUUUCAAUAUAGAGAAAAAUAUUAAUUAUUGAAAAUUUUGAUUGGUAUUUAAAAAUAUUGUCAAAUUUAAAUCAUUGUACUUGUGUUUAAAUUAUUUUGAUUUAUUUUAUUAAAUAAAUGAUCCAAAACCAAUGCUAAAUGUGAAUUGGAUUUUUUUUUAAUUUCACAAAUUUCAUGCUUUAUUAUGCAUUUCCAAGUGAUGCAGAACUUUUUAUUAAAAAUUAUUUAAUUAAAUGUACUUUUUUGGGACACAAUGUAUAAAAAAAUACAUAGAAGUAAUUGGGUUCACUUUGAAAAUUUAUUAUACGGAGUGGCCCAAAAGUCUGGAAACGGCCAAUUAUCUCGUAAAUUGCUAAUCCUUAUUAUACAAUAUUUGGGUUAUACCUAUUUUUGGAUACGGAUAUUCCAGAUUUGAUAUUUGCAAUGUUGCCAGAUUUGCCGUUUCUCUUAGUCACUUUAAUUUUUCAAAUUCAUCACCCUGUAUAUUCAGUCAUUAUUGGAAUCUCCUAUUCAAUAUGAGUUCAACCAUAUGUAACACUUAUGAUUUUAUGUAGUCUGGAAGGUCUUAAAUAAAUAAAACAAUCAUGGAGAAAUGAGGUAGACACAUUCUACCAUCGAUUAAGGGGUACUGUCAACUCACAAAUGGAUCACAUUUUGAACACUUGAUAAAGUAACCAUUAUGUUAAAAAUGUUAUAAUCUUUCAAUUGUUACGUUUUAAUGUAGUUGAAAAUAGUUUGUAUUAAAAAAUUUAUUGAGACAAUUAGGCGUUGCCAGACUUACUUUAUUUAUUUAAGACCUUGCAGACUACAUAAAAUUAUAAGUGUUACAUACUCGUAUUGAAUAGGAGAUUCCAAUAAUGACUGAAUAUAUUGGGUGAUGAAUUUGAAAAACCAAAGUGACUAAUAAUUUAAGAGAAACGGCAAAUCUGGCAACAUUGCAAAUAUCAAAUCUGGAAUCACCGUAUCCCAAAAUAGGUGUACCCCAAAUUUUGUACAAUUAGGAUUAGCAAUUUACGAGAUAAUUGGCCGUUUCCAGACUUUUGGGCCACUCAGUAUAAUGAUUUACUAUUGUUUUCAGGUUCGGGAUCCGCCCCUGGAAGGAGGUAACUCUUUGUCAUAUUUUUAACUAAAAUUUCAUUACAAACUAAUGUCCGUGCUCAAUUUUUUUUAAGCCGUCAAUUAUUUUGCCCUUGGAAACGCCAUAUUUUUAAUCUAAUCAGCUUUAAAUUAUUUUUAGUUCUACAAACAAAACUUAAAAUUUAUCAAAAUCGUCAAAAGUAUGUGGUAUAUCAAUGAAGAACCGAUUUUUUUUUUUCUUUUUUUAAUCCAUGUGUAUGUGAAAUUUUAAUUAUAAAGUAUGCCAAGGAAUCACCUUCAAUAAUGACAUGCCAUUUAGGAAAACAAGUAAUUUUGUGAUAUUUAUUGAAAAAAAAAAUGUAUUUUUAUUUUAUCUAAAAAAAAAGAUACAACACAUUGAUUUAAAAUUUUCUAAAUAAUAAGUAAAUUGAAAAGUCAAAGACAGUAAAAAAAAAAUAUUUUUUAUUUAUCUUAAACCCACUCGAUUUUUAUAUACUUAGAGGACUUUUUCAAAUCUGUCUACUGUCCGCAAUCCAUUUUUAUGUGACACAUUCAUCUCGUGGACUAAUUUAAUUGCAGUGAUUCAAAUCUACUAAUACUACCAUUCUUCAGUCUCAUUUUCUUAUUUGAUAUUUAAAAAAAAUGAAAACUACACAAAUAUAUUUUAAAAGUACGUAUGCUAUUGAAUAUGGAAAUCUUUUUAGGUACCCGUUCUAAUAAUUUUUUGAGAAAUAAUACUUAUCAAAAAGUUUAUAUUUAGUGUAAAUUUAAUGGUAGACACUGUAUAAUAUUAG